AUGACCAAGCUGAGCCUCUGCAUCCUGCUCGUCCUCCUGGCGAUCGCCUCCUCGCAGGCGGACGGCGACCUCCGACCCUGCCCCGGCCGCUGCACCGGAAACCCGAUCUCCGACGGCAAGAGCGUGUGCAUCCGCAACAGGGCCACCAAGGUGUGCACCCGCCUCCCCGCCUGCCGCCUCCGCGAGAAGAACUGCCGCCGCAGGGAGAGCGGCCUGGAGCCGCUGAGGGAGACCUGCAUCACCCGCUGCCGCAACAUCCCCGGCCGCAGCGGCGUGGGCCAGUGCGCCCCCCGGCUGCGACCACGCCCCCAGGCGGAGGGAAAGCGCACCAGGGAGUGCCAGCGCAGGGCCUGCGUGGACGACAAGGUCGCCGGCUGCUGGCGCGACCAGCAAGGCGCCUGCGUGCUGCAGACCCGCUGCGAGGCCCGCCGGAGGAACUGCGUCCGCGAUCCGCUCAACCAGUGGGUGCGCGCCAGCCAGUGGAGCUGCAAGGGCAACGUGGUCGGCGGGGGCGUCCGCCGGUGCCGCACCAGGCCCGUCGUGAUCAAGGACUAG